GGUUGCAUUUAGUUUGGAGGGAGUCCAUGGAAAAGCUCUUGCGGAGCUUGUGGUUAUGCUAAUGGUGGUGGUACUCGGGGACUCAUCAUCGCGCCUUCAAUCAUGUUGAUAUCUUGCAGCUCAAUCCUCCCCCCUUGCCCCUCUACGGUGCGGCGGAGCCAUGGCCGUUCCAUCGCCGGAGUUCUCAUUCGCGGUGGUAGUGGCGGCGAUCUCAAAGUUUUCAAUAAUCGUGGAAUCCUUAGAAUAAGGAAAAAGACCCUUCUUUGCUAUGCGGAUGAAUCCACAAAGGGUCCAGUAGCAAACAGCAGGAGCGCCGAUGAUUCCAAUAGUACCGCGAUUCAGCUCUACUCUCAGAUCGAAAGAUUGAUGACGGAAACUGCAAAGCGGUCUCAGGAUGGGUGGAGGAAUUCUGGAGAUUGGAGUGAAAUGGAGGGGGCAUGGGUGCUCAAACCAAGAAACAUGAAACCCACAUCGGUUAUCCAUUUUAUUGGCGGUAUCUUUGUUGGGGCUGCACCUCAGCUCACGUAUCGAUUUUUCCUUGAGCGCCUCUCUGAAAAAGGUGCUUUGGUCAUUGCAACACCAUUUGCUAGUGGAUUCGAUCAUUUCCUCAUAGCAGAUGAAGUGCAAUCUAAGUAUGAUAGGUGCUUUCGGUUCUUAAAAGAUACUGUAAAUGACCUUCCGACAUUUGGUGUUGGUCAUUCCUUAGGAUCUUGCAUCCACCUCCUGAUAGGAUCUAGGUAUGCCAUCCAAAGAACUGGAAAUGUAUUAAUGGCUUUCAACAACAAGGAGGCAAGCUCAGCAAUUCCACUAUUUUCUCCGGUUAUUGUACCUAUGGCUCAAAGCUUUGGUCCCCUUUUAUCCCAACUUACUUCAUCACCAACAAUAAUACGUGGGGCGGAAAUAGCAAUGAAGCAACUUGAGAAUCUCAGCCCUCCAAUCAUGAAGCAAGUUCUGCCUUUGGUGGAGCAGCUUCCUCCAUUGUAUACGGACUUGGUUAAGGGAAGAGAAGAUUUCACUCCGAAACCAGAGGAGGCAAGACGGCUGGUAAAGUCUUAUUAUGGUGUGCCACGAAACCUCCUCAUAAAGUUCAAGGAUGAUACAAUAGAUGAGACUCCAACUUUAGCUCAGGUAUUAAGUGUCGAAUCUGCCAUAAGCUCAAGUCUUGAUAUGUCAAUCCGUUCAUUGCCGGGAGAUCAUGGUCUGCCACUGCAACAAAUCUUACCGGAUGUUCCACCAGCUAUGGCCGAUGCAGUGAACCGUGGUGGCGAGAUUCUAGCAAAUCUUACUGCAGGAACACCAUGGGAAACAGUUGCCAAGGAAGUCGGCAACACUUUUGGCUCGAACUCAGGGAUCCUCAGAGCGCAAAUAUCGAAAGAGGUUAAUAACCUUGUUGAUGAGAUUGCUUCAUGGAUGGAUACAAAUUCUUCCCCAAAGCUACUUCGACCAUGACCACAGUUUAGUAUACUCCAUAUUUCUCUGUACACCAGUGGUCGGCGUAGUCAAAAGUAAUCAAAAAUAAAAAAAUUACAGGCAAAAUAUCAGUUAUCAAUGUGGUAGCUUGUGUAUUCAGUUGUCUGUGAACAGUUAAUUCACUUGAAGAAUAUCCACAAUUUCAAGGUGUGUAUCAGUAUCCUGUGUAAAUA